GGAUCUGGAGUCAUGUGGGUUUGAAAUUGUGGUUCCUGAAUACAGUGAUGCUUCUGAUGGUAGUAAUGAUGAUGAUGUGCCUCAGUUAAUCACCAUUGUAAUCAAUGGUGAUUGUGCAUCGAGGGCAUUGAAAGCAGCUGAGGAUGUGCAUGAUGACAAGAAUGAGUCUGAUGAUGAAAGCUUGAAGAAGAGUAAGAGGGCGAGAAAAGGGACAGACGAAAGCCAUAAGAAGCUAAAAGGGUCAGACACAAGCAGUAAGAAGUCUAAGGAGAAGAAGAAGAAGGAUAAGGAACAAAAUUUGGUUUCUGUAAUUGGAUCUAUUGUCGAGGAAAAUGACAAUGUAGUUACCGCUAAUGGUGUGGGAAACGGGGAUCUGAUGUCUGCUGAUGGAAAGAGUUUGAAUGAUGAAUUGGAGAGCGGUAGGAAUGAUUUGACUUUGAAUGAGUCUGUGAUAUCAAAUCUUCAGAAGCAAUUUGAGAAGGUUGCAGCUGAAGCUGGGUCAUAUAGAGAUGAUGAUACAGAUUCAUGUGAUACACCAAAAAUUACAGUCAAUAGAAUAUCACAAAAGAAGAGGAAGGUUGCUAAGACUGCAGAUGGGCACGACACUGACAACUUAGACAUGAGUGGUCAAGGAGAUGACAGACUCGAUAAUGCUGCAAAGAGCGUCGAGAAAAGUGCAAAGAAGGUUAGGUUUGCAAUGAAAAAUAACUUGGUCUGGAAGCCACACAGUCCAUUGCCUUCUGAAAGUUUGAGACUACCACCAUCCGUUACUCCUAGAGGUAGUGCUCUGAAGAAGGGGGUGCCUCCGGGUCCCAUAAGGGAGAUGCCUCCUCCCAAGAAAAAGAAAAAGAAGCUGAAGACAGGGCGGAAGAUGUUGAAGAGUGCAUCACCUGCCCAGAAACAAAAGAAUCAGAUACAAACUGGGUCUAUUUGAUGUUCAGAUGAUAAGUUGAAGAUAACUGGAGAAUUUAAGAUAGAACACAGCAUGUUGGACUCACCUACGCCGUGCUCUCCCCAGUCUGUCCUUGGAGGUUUCUCGUUAACGUGCAAUGUCGAUCAGCGCAGCAGUAUCCGAGCUUUAUGAACUAAUUAGAGAAGAAAGAUGACAAACUGACCAUUUCCAUUUUUCGUUUGUUGUGCUUGGGAGACCAAUUGUAUCAUAUACUUUAUUCUUCUCUCUCUCUCUCUCUACCCACAUGUUGUCUCAAUUAAUCCAAAAUUUCUUUGAGCAUACUUCUUUAUAGUCACUUCUGAGGCUGCACAAGGGAAUGUUACAAACUUUUGAAGCUACUUUUUAUUUAAUAGAUAUUUAUGGGGAGCAUUUCUC